GUUUUUUACUGUACUUCAUAUGAAACAUGCGAACGACAGGCAAAAUUGUUUCUCAACGAGCCCAUUGUGGGCUUUGACCUCGAAUGGGAAACGUUUGCUUCCUUGAAAAAGCACGGUGCGAAGCAAAAUGUUUCUUUGAUACAGAUCGCGAGUGAAAGUCAGAUUGGCCUUUUCCAUGUCGCAUGUUUCAAGGGAACCACUCCUGAAGAGCUCAUGCCACCUUCUCUCCGUACGCUGCUGGAGUCUGAGUCAAUAACAAAGACGGGUGUCAACGUCGUUGGUGACGCCAAUCGUAUGCGUACUUUCUUUCAAAUCGAAAUGAAGGGACUGAUGGAGUUAAGUCACCUCUAUCGAAUAGUCAGGUAUUCGGAGCAGUCGCCCGAUAUGGUCAAUUUCAAGCUCUGCGGCCUGGCAAUGCAAGUGAAAGAUGUUCUCAGACUGCCGCUGAAGAAAGAUGAAACAAGAGUCAGUCGCUGGUCCAACAAGCUGAAUGCACAGCAGAUCGAAUAUGCUGCAGCAGACGCCUACGCUGGGUUUCACUUGUAUCACGCCCUCGAAAACCUGCGAAUUGUCAUGGAUCCAAGACCCCCUCGACCAGCUUUCUAUGAG